UCGUCCGGUUCUCUCGAGAUCACUCGAUACCUCAUCGAUAACAAGGCAGAUAUUGAUUUGCCGGAUAAUAGCGGAUGGACACCUCUACAUAUCGCAGCUAGUGCCGGCAAUGAAGAUGUCGUCUUGGAAUUAGUAGGUGCAGGUGCGGACAUCAACAGGAAAAAUGACAAAGGGCUUACUCCGCUGUGA